GUUGCUUUACCUAUUGUUUCAGGCAACCGGCCUCGGACUGUGCAAAAUCUGGGUCUUUUGUUGCUUCUGGUGCAGGCUAAUAAAGUUUUUCUUUCUUUUAUUUUUUUCUAACCCUUUUAACGGGGGAAAUUAACCCCCCUGGGCCGCCGGGUUGGCCGCGCUGCUGGGCCGAAGGGAGCCUCUGGCCGGGGAGCGCCGAGGGAGGGGGCGCGAGCUGCCGGGCCGGUUCUGCGGGGACCCGGGGGCGGGGGGGCGGGAGGGGACCGCGGGGCUGCGCCUGGGGCGCCCCGGGCACUCGGCGGCGCCGCCGAUUUUAAAUAGCAUCUUUCGGACCUGUUUCCGCGGUCUCGGUCCCCGACCUCGGCGCUGCCUGGGCUCUCGCAGCCUCUCCCUAGGUCUCUUCCAAACGACCACCUCGGAUUCCUUAUGGAUCGCAGCUCCAAGAGGAGGCAGGUGAAGCCUUUGGCAGCUUCUCUGCUAGAAGCUCUCGAUUAUGAUAGUUCAGAUGACAGUGAUUUUAAAGUUGGAGAUGCCUCAGAUUCUGAAGGGAGUGGUAAUGGAAGUGAAGAUCCCUCAAAGGACAGUGGAGAAGGUUCCUGUAGUGAUUCUGAAGAAAAUAUUUUAGAAGAAGAACUGAAUGAAGAUAUUAAAGUAAAAGAAGAACAAUGUAAAAAUUCUGCAGAGGAAGAAAUACUGUCAUCAGAAAAACAGUUAAUUAAAAUGGAAAAGAAGGAAGAAGAAGAGAAUGGAGAAAGACCUAGAAAGAAAAAGGAGAAAGAGAAAGAAAAAGAAAAGGAAAAAGAGAAGGAGAAAGAAAAAGAGAAAGAAAAGGAGAGAGAGAAGGAGAAAGAAAAAGCAACAGUACCUGACAGUGUGGCUGUUUCUGCUACUUCCACUACACCAGCCACAAGUCCUUCUGCUGUUAACACAUCUCCUUCAGUCCCCACUACCACGACCACUACAGAGGAACAAGUCAGUGAGCCAAAAAAGUGGAACCUUCGUCGAAACCGACCACUUUUGGAUUUUGUUUCCAUGGAAGAGCUGAAUGACAUGGAUGACUAUGACAGUGAAGAUGACAAUGAUUGGCGACCUACUGUAGUAAAGAGAAAGGGAAGAUCUGCAUCUCAGAAAGAAGGAAGUGAUGGAGACAAUGAGGAUGAUGAAGAUGAGGGAAGUGGGAGUGAUGAGGAUGAGAACGAGGAAGGCAAUGAUGAAGAUCAUAGCAGCCCCGCCAGUGAAGGGGGUUGCAAGAAGAAGAAGAGUAAAGUUCUUAGCAGAAACAGUGCUGAUGAUGAGGAACUGACCAAUGAUAGCCUGACACUAUCUCAAAGCAAGAGUAAUGAGGACUCGCUGAUUCUUGAGAAGAGUCAAAACUGGAGUUCUCAAAAAAUGGACCAUAUUCUGAUUUGCUGUGUUUGUCUGGGAGAUAAUAGUGAGGAUGCUGAUGAAAUAAUUCAGUGUGACAAUUGUGGCAUUACAGUCCAUGAAGGUUGUUAUGGAGUUGAUGGAGAGAGUGACUCUAUUAUGAGUUCAGCUUCUGAGAACUCCACUGAACCUUGGUUUUGUGAUGCCUGUAAAUGUGGUGUUUCCCCUAGCUGUGAACUGUGUCCUAAUCAGGAUGGAAUUUUCAAGGAGACAGAUGCUGGAAGAUGGGUUCACAUUGUUUGUGCCCUGUAUGUUCCUGGAGUAGCCUUUGGAGAUAUUGACAAAUUACGACCAGUAACACUAACAGAAAUGAACUAUUCCAAAUACGGUGCCAAGGAGUGUAGCUUCUGCGAAGACCCUCGUUUUGCUAGAACUGGAGUUUGUAUUAGCUGUGAUGCAGGGAUGUGCAGAGCCUAUUUCCACGUGACCUGCGCUCAGAAGGAAGGUCUGCUUUCAGAGGCAGCAGCAGAAGAGGAUAUAGCAGAUCCAUUUUUUGCUUAUUGUAAGCAACACGCAGAUAGGUUAGACAGAAAGUGGAAGAGAAAAAACUACUUGGCUCUACAAUCCUAUUGUAAAAUGUCUUUACAAGAGAGAGAGAAGCAACUGUCGCCAGAAGCACAGGCAAGGAUCAAUGCCCGGCUUCAGCAAUAUCGUGCCAAAGCAGAACUAGCUCGAUCCACCAGACCCCAGGCCUGGGUUCCAAGGGAAAAAUUGCCCAGACCACUCACUAGCAGUGCUUCAGCCAUUCGGAAACUGAUGCGGAAAGCAGAACUAAUGGGGAUCAGUACAGAUAUCUUCCCAGUGGACAAUUCAGAUACGAGUUCUAGUGUGGAUGGAAGGAGAAAGCAUAAGCAACCUGCUCUCACUGCUGAUUUUGUGAAUUAUUAUUUUGAGAGAAAUAUGCGCAUGAUUCAAAUUCAGGAAAAUAUGGCUGAACAAAAGAAUAUAAAGGAUAAAUUAGAGAAUGAACAAGAAAAGCUUCAUGUGGAAUAUAAUAAGCUAUGUGAAUCUUUAGAAGAACUACAAAACCUGAAUGGAAAACUUCGAAGUGAAGGGCAAGGAAUAUGGGCCUUACUAGGCAGAAUCACAGGGCAGAAGUUGAACAUACCGGCAAUUUUGCGAGCACCCAAGGAGAGAAAACCAAGUAAAAAAGAAGGAGGCACACAAAAGACAUCUACUCUUCCUGCAGUACUUUAUAGUUGUGGAAUCUGUAAGAAGAACCAUGAUCAGCAUCUUCUUUUAUUGUGUGAUACCUGUAAACUCCAUUACCAUCUUGGAUGUCUGGAUCCUCCUCUUACAAGGAUGCCAAGAAAGACCAAAAACAGUUAUUGGCAGUGUUCAGAAUGUGACCAGGCGGGGAGCAGUGACAUGGAAGCAGACAUGGCCAUGGAAACCUUACCAGAUGGGACCAAACGAUCAAGGAGACAGAUUAAGGAACCAGUGAAAUUUGUUCCACAGGAUAUGCCUCCAGAACCUAAGAAGAUUCCAAUAAGAAACACGAGAACCCGAGGACGAAAACGAAGCUUCAUUCCUGAGGAAGAAAAACAUGAGGAAAGAGUUCCCAGAGAGAGAAGACAAAGGCAGUCUGUGUUACAAAAGAAGCCCAAGGCUGAAGACUUACGAACGGAAUGUGCAACUUGCAAGGGAACUGGAGACAACGAAAAUCUUGUCAGGUGCGAUGAAUGCAGACUGUGCUACCAUUUUGGCUGUUUGGAUCCUCCUUUGAAAAAGUCCCCUAAACAAACAGGCUAUGGAUGGAUAUGUCAGGAGUGUGAUUCUUCAUCUUCUAAGAGCUGACUGAUCUUCAGAUAACAUAUGGUGGUGCAAGUAAUUGGAAAAUUGGCAGACCUGUCAAGAAGGUAUGCUAGAUGAGUCAAGAAUGCCGUGCUGGAGCACAUAAAGUGUGUCAGAAGUUAAAUUUAUUGUUUUUUAUCAAAGAGUAAGGUAAAAAAUCUGAUCCAUCCCCUAAAAAGGACAUUUUUUAGUGGCAGCUGUUUUCAAAAGUAAUUUUUAGGUCAUUGAUAAAAUAAGUUGCUUUUAAAAACAUGUCAUAGAAAAUUUUAGUCAAGAUGUAGUAUAAAACAGCACCCACUGCAUAUAUUUAAAUGUUACAUAAUUUUAUAGCCUUUUCCCUAGGAUUACUGGAAGCACAAUAGUUAAUUUUUAAGAGAAAUAAAGUUUAU